AUGACGAAAACAUUGAAAGUUCUGCUUCCAAUAUUCCCUGGCUUCAACACUCUUGAUUUGAACGGGCCACUAGAAGUUCUGAAGAAUUCUGCCCUCCCCGAUGAAACCUUUGAGGUCUAUGUUGCAUCUGCCACCGAGCUGACCAAAGCAUGUGAGGGAGUGCAGAUUCAACGAGACAUCGCAAUCGCGGACAUCCUCGACCCAAGCUAUAGAAGGCCAGUGAACGUGUCACUGCAAGACUUCGAUGCGUUGAUCAUUCCAGGGGCGCGUCGAUGGGGGAUCGAUGCGAUACUCAAGAGUCCUAAUGGCGGCGACGGACUGCUAAGUCUUAUCACCCAUUUCGGAAAGCUUGAGACGGAAUCAAAACCACGCUGGCUCAUCUCGAUUUGUACGGGUUCCGAAUUCCUAGGCAUCACUGGGUAUCUCGCCGGGAAGCCGGCCACGACACACUGGGCAGCCAUCCCACAGCUAAAGGCUCUCAGUGAAGACUAUGUGGCGACACAUACUCCGGCGGCCGCCAUUGACGUUCAGAGAAAGAGGUUCAUUCAUGCCGGAGCCACUACUUCUGGGAUCCAGAUUGCAACUUCUGGAGGCAUUAGUUGUGGAAUCGACUGUGUUCUCUGGUAUGUCUCAAAAGUAGUGGAUUUGGAGUCGGCAAAAAAGGUUGCACUGUUCAUGGACUACCCUUGGGGGUUUGCUGCAGUUGAUCAUACUGAGGGUUAUCAGGUCUGA